AUGACUACAAACUCGUCCAUGCCGCCGCCGCCAGCACGACGGUCGUCCAACGCCAACAAUGCCUCACGAACCUCUGGGCCUGCGUCCCAUCGUGGAUCUGCGCACCAUCAUUCGAUAAGUGGGCACUCUCACCGUGGAGCACACUAUGGUGGUCGUGGCGGUGCGCGUCACACACACGCGUCGGCCGGCAAGGGCCAUGCAACAGCCAGCAAGGCCAGUUCGAUGCCGCCGAUGCAGGCUCGUAUUUCGCUGUUGCUGGCCAUGCUCGUCGGGCAGAUGGUCGUCGUGCGUGUGCGAGCCGGUGAUCGUUUCGUGGGUGUCGUAGCGCGUGCGACCAUGGACGGUGACGAUGGUCAGUUGGUUUUGUUGUCGGUCCAGAAGCUGAGCGAUGUCGAUGGACAGCUUGUGCUUACGCCGCAAGGUGAUGAGCCGCUUACGUUGCAAGCGACGGACAUUGUUGAAAUGGAUGCGAGUGGUGCGAAGAUCAGCAGUGCCCAGGACGUCGAUGCCGCGAACCAGGCGCAGCAGCGCCGAAGCUCUGGGUUCCGUACAGAUACGGAGAUCAGUGCUGCCCCAGGCCAGCGGGCGGACGGGCGUGCACUCCAGCGCUGGGACGAUGAAGGUAGCGCGUUGGCCUUGCCGGCCGACGAUGUGGCUACGACGUUGGAGCAAUCUACGAAGCAGGGCCACUGGGACCAAUUCGCUGCGAAUGAGGCGCGGUUCGGCGUCAAGUCGAAUUACGAGGAGACGCUCUAUACGACCAAGCUGGAUCGCUCCGGCAAAGACUUCAAGGCGCGUGAGAAGGAAGCUGAGCGUCUGGCCAAAGAAAUUAUGGAAGGCACGACAAGCAACACGCACAUAGCCGAAGAGCGCAACCAGAUCCCAACGCAAGACGAGAACGAAGAGGAGAAGUAUGGCGCUGUGGUGCGUGAGACGCCCGCGGCUGCGCCCGCGGACGCCACGUCGACGUCCGCGACGCCUGGCAAGGCACUUACCGCUGACUUCCGUCAGUUUGUGAGUGCCGAGCGUGAGCGCUUGGUCGUGCGCAAGGCCGAGCUGGCGCAGAAAGAGAAGCAAAGUCGUCUGGCCGAUCUGAAGGUGUGGGCGCAGAACUUCCAGCUGAAGACGCCUGUGCCGGCCGAUAUGGCGACCAAGAAAAGCCCUAGCAGCGCGUCAGCGCAGGCAGGCGGCGGCGUGGACGAGGCCCGAGCGAAGCUGGCUUCGAUGACCAUCCCAGCCAUUCCGCCGUUCAAGAAAGGCGACGAGAAGAAGAAGCAUGGCGGCGGCGGCGGCAGCAGCAGCAGCAGCGGUACGUCGUCCAGUACGACGACCAAACUCAAUGCCAAGGCCUCGGCGUUCAACCCAGGCGCCGCAUCGUUCACGCCCGGAGCUAAAGUGGUGCCGUCCAAACCUGUGGUGCCAUCCGUGCCGUUCUUCGGCACGCGCGAACUGAAAAACCGGCCGGGCACAACACAGCUGCGUGUCUCGGACAAUUUCCGUGCACCGAAAUCGAAAAAGCUGGGAGAUGCGAACAAGGUGUCUGUGUGGUGGUCGUACACGGGCCGUCCGUUCCGCCAGCAAGUUGCGGCUAGUGCCUUUGGCGGCGGCAAAAUGCCCUUCUUUGGCGCGGAGGCAGGCGCGAUGCCGAUGGGCAUGGCGCCGCCGCCCCCGCCGCCCAUAAUGUCGAUGCCGUUUGCCGCGCCGCCGCCACCGCCUCCACCGCCCGGCGCCCCGGCGCCGCCGCCGCCUGGCGCGGCAGGCCCGGCAGGGAGCGUGCAAGGCGUCCCGUCGCCGCAGCCGGUGCCAGCCACGGCGCCUUCGCAUAUACCUCGCGGCGGGAAUGGCAAGUCGCCACGUACGCCCCAUCAGCAGCCGAUGAUGAUGACGCCGCCCCCGCCCGGGCCGCCUGGCCCUCCACCGCCCCCUGGCACACCGGGCGGCGUGGCACAGCAGCCGUAUGCGUUUAUGUAUCCCAUGGGGCAGUACCGUAUGCCGCCGCAAGGGCCGUACAUGCCGCCGCCCAUGACACCAUACGCCGCACCACCGAUGCCGGCGUUCCCCGGCGCUGUGCCGCCCGGUACGCCGCAUGGGAUGGGCCGUCCGGCCAGUCCGCCGAAGCGUGCGUCCAUGCCUGGCGGCGGUGGCCGUGGCGGCAAAGCGGGCCUGCAUGCAUGUCCGCCACGGCCCGCAGACGAUGGGGCCAAAGAAGGUAGUGCCUAA